AUGCGACCCAUGUCUGACACUCAGCAUGUUCAUAGCUCGUUUCGAUCUUCCGAUAAAAUCGAAGAUGCCUUUAAGAGGAUGAAAGUGAAUGAAAACGAAUCGAAUCCGUAUCCAGAUCGUCCUGGCGAAAGAGACUGUCAAUUCUAUUUAAGAACUGGUCUCUGUGGCUAUGGAAGCACUUGCCGUUACAAUCAUCCUACUCAUCUUCCACAGGGUAUUAUUUAUCAGAAAGAAGAGCUUCCUGAGAGAUUUGGACAACCUGAUUGUGAGUAUUUUCUGAAGACAGGAGCUUGUAAGUAUGGUGCAACUUGUAAAUAUCAUCACCCAAAAGACAGGAACGGCGCAGAACCUGUUUUGUUCAAUGUUAUCGGUUUACCUAUGCGUCAGGGUGAGAAGCCAUGUCCAUAUUACCUGCGAACGGGAACAUGCAGAUUCGGAGUUGCUUGCAAAUUCCACCAUCCUCAUCCUGACAAUGGACAUUCUACUGCAUAUGGAAUGUUUAGCUUUCCUUCUUCAGGUUUACACUAUGGUGGUGGAUUAACAAUGAUGUCUUUGCCUCCUGCAACAUAUGGCACUAUGCCUCGUCCACAAGUUCCUCAGUCCUAUGUUCCUGUUAUGGUUUCACCCUCUCAAGGUCUUUUGCCUCCUCAAGCCUGGGCGACUUAUAUGGCUGCAUCUAACCCCAUUUAUAAUGUGAAGAAUCAACCUUAUUACUCCACUUCCAGUGCAUCCUUGCCCAUGGCUGUGGCAUUGAAUCACGGUUUGCCUGAAAAAUCUGAACAACCAGAAUGUCGGUUUUUUAUGAGCACCGGGACAUGUAAAUAUGGAGACGAUUGCAAAUACAAUCAUCCUGGAGUAAGGGUUUCACCACCACCACCAAAUCUCUUAAACCCGUUUGUUCUUCCAGCCAGACCUGGGCAACCAGCUUGUGGUAACUUCAAGUCUUAUGGGUUCUGCAAGUUCGGGCCAAACUGCAAAUUCGACCACCCGAUGCUGCCAUAUCCGAGCUUGACCAUGCCUCCGUCUCUACAAACUCCUUAUGCUAGACCUGUUUCAUCAACCCAUCAGAGGAUCUCACCAUCGCCAAGCCACUCUGAUUCAAAGCCUCUUUCUAAUGGUAAACCUGCUGUGAAGAAAGAAAGCUCAGAGACCAAAGAUUCUGAACAAUUGAAAAACUCAGGAAUCCAAGAUUUGUCUGCGAAUUCGACAUCACCAUGA